UAACCCAGGAAGUAGUUUGUCCGAGUUCGUUUACCAAACCACGCGAAAGCCCUCUACUGGGUGUUAAUAUUUCAUUCAUUUUUUUUUUCUAUGACCAUGUUGUCAUUGAACAGUAAAUCCAAUGGACGUUACCGGCACGAACAGUUGCUCUUUAGACGCCGGUUUAUACAUGUUUUUUGGGUCCUCUUUUUUAUAGUUUACUACGUCUAACCGAUAGCUUCCUUCGUCAUAUUUUACUGGGAUAUUUAAAAACAAAAAUGACGGAAUGUGGAUCCAUGUUUUCCUCCGUAUGGAGAGAAGCUCGUCUACUUCGGACAGUACGCUCGCUUUUCCCUGUGGGUUUCACAGAGGAAUUGAAAGAAAUAGCUAUUUUGGCUGCGCCUGCGUGUCUGGCACAUCUCAUGGGGCUUUCUGUGAGUUUUAUUAGCACCAUGUUCUGUGGUCAUUUGGGAAGGGUGGAGCUGGAUGCUGUAUCUCUGGCCAUAGCAGUGGUGAAUGUUACCGGCAUAUCUAUUGGUGUUGGACUAUCAUCAGCGUGCGAUACUUUGAUUUCUCAGAUUUAUGGGGCUGGUAAUCUAUGGAGAAUUGGGGUGAUCCUACAAAGGGCAAUCCUUAUCCUCAUCCUGGCCUGUUUCCCCUGUUGGGCCUUACUCAUCAACACUGAGUCCAUUCUGUUACUUUUUGGACAAGAACCAGAGGUUGCCAGGUUGUCUCAGGUUUACGUUAAGAUCUUCAUGCCAGCACUUCCUGCUACAUUUAUGUAUGAACUGCUAACGAGAUACUUGCAAAAUCAGGGCAUCAUUUGGCCACAAGUGAUCACAGGCUUUGUGGCCAAUCUCCUCAAUGCUCUCAUAAACUACAUCGUUCUCUUUUCAUUAAACAUGGGAGUAGUGGGUUCGGCUCUUGCCAACACCGUGUCACAGUUUUUCAUGGCUGGCAUCCUAUAUGCUUACAUGCUGUGGAGACGUCUUCACAAGGGGACCUGGGCAGGUUGGUCCAUAGAGUGCCUCCAGGACUGGGGCUCAUUCAUAGACUUGGCCAUCCCCGGCAUGGUCAUGAUGUGUGUAGAGUGGUGGACUUUUGAAAUUGCCAUCUUUUUAGCAGGUCUAAUAAGUGAAGUGGAACUUGGAGCUCAGUCAGUCAUCUAUCAACUCUCUAACAUUGCUUACAUGUUUCCUUUAGGUUUCAGUGUGGCAGGCACUGUAAGAGUGGGAAAUGCUCUAGGAGCUGGAAAAACCCAGCAAGCCAAGUUGUCUGCAAAACUGUCAGUGUUCUGCGCAGUAUCAGUCUCUAUAUGUUUUGCGGUCAUCAUUGGGAGCCUGAGGAAUUACAUUGCUUAUAUCUUCACAAAUGACGAACAAAUCCGGCUACUGGUUAGUGAUGUUGUGAAGUUCUAUGCUCCGUUCUUGCUGAUGGAGGCAACUGCAUCGGCCGCCGGAGGGGUCAUCAGGGGAACAGGAACACAGAAGGUCGGGGCUCUCUGCAGCGUUCUGGGUUACUUUGGUGUGUGUCUACCUGUUGGUGUGUCGUUGAUGUUUGCCGCCAAACUAGGAAUCAAGGGCUUGUGGACAGGUUUCUGUUCCUCUGUGUCUCUGCAGAGCUGCUUCCUGGUUGCUUACUUGGCAAUAAUGAACUGGGACAAAGUUACACUUGAGGCUCAGAUUAGAGCUGGUGUGAACAGGACGUCAGAUGAAGAUGGCCAGGAAGAAAGCGACAGCAACAUGUCAGAGCUGCAGUUCAUCGACGAGGACGCGGGAAUCGGGAUAACCCAGUAUCGCGGCCGUAGGAAUUUAUUCCUGCGUCGUGGUCUCGUCGGGGUCCUCAUGCUUUUCAUUCUGGCUGCCGGGAUCGUGCUCAACCUGCUUUUGAGCAAGCUGAUCACGUGAUUUGACAUUUGUCACAUCCAUUGAAGUUCAUUGGGAUUAGAUUGACAUUUUAUGAAUUCCGGUUGUGCCUAUUGACCGCUCAUCUAUUUAAUGAAGCAUAACCGUUUUAUACUGCUCCGGUAACAAUGCUCAAGACAAACAUACAUGAUACAAAAUAAAUUGUUGCAAGAAAAAUGAUGAAUGCAGUGCAUUGAUCCAUUAAUGCACCGUAUAAUCCGGUGUGCCCUAUGUACAGGAGAAAAAAAACUCGUUCACUGAUGCUGCGCCAUACGAUUUGGUGCGUCCGAAAAAUGCGGAUGUAAACUACUACUAGUCAAAGAGCUGCAGUUAUAAAUGACAAAAUCUUGCAAAAUUCCACACGAUCGGGACAUUUAAUUACAUUUGUAUUAAUGUAUUUUUAUGGCACAAAAUAUCAGUGAUUAAAAAUACUACCAUGUAUUAAAUUUGCUUUUCAAGAAAAAAUGGAAUAUUCCCUACUUUAUUUUACUUAUAAACUACAGGGCUGUCAGCAGGAUCUGAUGUUGCGCUAUGGAACAAAAAUAUAUGCAUGUGUACAUCUUAAACAGAAAAAAUAUAAACAGGCCACCCCAAAAAUAAAUAGAAACAAAGUAGUAAUAUUAAUUAUAUAAUAAUAAUAUUAAUCCCUAUUCUUGAUUUUGAGCAAUACAUACCAAUUUUUACUGGUAUUCCUAUAAUGGGAAAAAAAAGAAACUAUUUGUAGCGACGGUGCACUUUUUGAGAAUCCUAAUAAAUAUACAGUAUGUACUGCAUGUAUCGCAUACUGUAUGUAUAGCGUGUGUGUGUGUGUCUAUAUAUAUGUAUAUAUAUUAUACAAUACAUACAUACAAUAAAUUUGGUAAAUUAUCACAACUAUUAAAUAUACAAAUGACUGAAAAACAUUAUUUAUACAGCAGUUGCCUCUAAUACUAAACUAUGAUUUACAUAAAUAUGACAAGCUUUCCAUGACCACAGGAUUAAUAGUGUGUGCUAUUGCCCCAUUCUAUUGCAGUCAGAUUACUUUUGGAGGGCGGGGCCUCCGGGAGAGGUACCAGCAAGUACACGCAGGUGCCGAUUGCCAGCAGAGCGAUGGCAGCCAAUAGCGUGAGACCUCGCCUGAGCAGCAGCUGGCUCACUGGGAGCUGGUCAGCAUUAACCUGUUGCUGUGGUACUGCGUUGGCCUCCCACAUGACGGGCUGGUACUGUUCCUGUUCGGCCACAUGUGUAUUUUUUUGGGCACGCUUCACAGCCUGGAAAUACAGAAAAGAUUGCAAUUUCUGUUGCAACUACUCACAAAUACUGACAAGCAUGUGAACAAAUUGAAUCAAUUAAUUUUUGUAAUGUAGACCAUGAAAUUUUAAGUUCUAAUCAUGAGAAUCAAGUAAAAAUGAAAUAUUUUAAAAUUUUACUGCGUGACUGUCCCCUUAACAAAAUUAUUCUCCUAAGGUAUGAGUACAAAAGCACAGCGCAGCUUUCCAAGUGAGGUUUAAAAAAAAGUCAUCUUGCAUUACAAAAUUAAUAUUUAGACUUGCUUCUCAUUUCUUUGACUCCCACCCCCAAGCCUGUUCGAACUUUGGUUCCCAUAGAGAGCUUUCCGAGUCAUAUUUGUAUCCGUCAUGGAAUGUGAGCAGGCAGGUGGUGAGUGACCCAAGUGCAGGGAAAGCGAAUCGAGGCAGAAAGGCGGUGCAAAAGUAAUUUAAUUACAGCAGACAGAAAAACAAAGUAUAAACCAAGACUGUGGUGAUCCCAAAAAACACAGUAGCAAACAAAACCCAGGGUAUUGACAAAAGACCGGAUUCAAAAACGUACUUACUUACCACAAGGGCUGAGACUUAGGAGCGGACAAGAAUUAAGAAUGAAGACAAUGUCGCGACAAGACUCAACAAAAACGGGGAGCUUAUUUAGACACGGACACAGGGUAACAAGGCAACGAGGAACAGUUGGGUGACACAGGAGGAUGUAGGUUGGACCAUACACUAGUAGCAGGCAUAACCGCUAAUAUCAAUGGGCAACCACAGGGACAAGUCACACUAGGAGGGAAAAAAAAACACAA